AUGGACAUUGUGAUAGCUGCCGAAUAUGAGAUAAAAGGUGUUUAUCUCGCGAAUUUUCAGAUAAAGAAUGUUAUUAUUCGGAGGCUAUCCUCAAAAUACUACGUGGAGAUAGCUAAACCUUUCGAUUCGCUCAAAGAAUUACUAGAAUACUAUCAAACAAAUACAGCCCAGUUGAAUAAAGCUAAAUUCACUUUAAAAAAUCCGAUCUCUCAACAAAGAUGGGAAUUUCAUCAUAGUGAUGUGCAAUUAGGAAAGCUUAUUGGUGAAGGCGCAUACGGUGAAGUACGAGAAGGAACGAUCAAGAAGAGGGAACAAACGCUUGCAGUGGCCGUCAAGUUGGCAAAAGGGACAGGAGAAAUGAGUAAAGCAAAAAUCAAAGAAAUGAUGAGAGAAGCCCGGCUAAUCCGUAAUUUUAAACAUCGGAACAUCGUACGGUUGUACGGUGUAGCGGUGGAUGAACAGCCAUUGUACAUUCUGCUGGAAUUGGUGAAAGGUGGGGCUUUGAACGUCUACUUGCGAGGGAACGGCGACAAAGUCAGUCUAUUGGAGAAAAUAACAAUGUGCAAAGGAGCAGCUCAAGGUGUGGAAUAUCUUCACAAGCAGAGCUGCAUACAUAUGGAUCUGGCGGCAAGAAAUUGUUUAUACUCGCAGGAUAAGGUGGUGAAAAUCAGCGAUUUUGGACUGUCAAGAUUAGGCGUGAACUAUACGAUUCGCGGUCCCACGAAAAUUGCCAAUUAA